UCAUAUAAAGCAGGGGGCCAAGUUGUAAUAAGAACAGUAGCUAUGAGUGCAAUCAGCAAUGUGUAUCUCUUCUUCUUCUUUGACAUGAAGCCGACAUAACUCUUUAGUGUGACAGCUCAUGCCAAUAUUUUCUCCCUUUUUCUUUUCCUUCAAAUACAGCACACAACCCCAUCCAUCAGACCGACUUGUUUUUAACAAACAAAUAUUUUACUCUCUUUUUACUCUUCCGACCGCCUUUCUUCCCUUGUUUCUCUCCCAUUUCCUCUUCAAAUCUCAGCUUACUCCUUUUUCAUAUAUACAGUUUCUGAAGUUUUAACAAACAUUCAAAGCUCCUACUUGAGCGCCUUCUACUCCUUAAAUCUUUGUUUCCUUUGUGUGUUGUUUGAGCUGUUUACAUUAUUUGGUUUGAGCUACUGUGUCAAACCUUUGAAGGUGUUUUCUUGAUAUUGUCAGAAUGAAUAAACAAGAAAUGUUGAAGACUCAGACUUGUGUUCUUAAAGUGAAUAUACACUGUGAUGGCUGCAAACAGAAAGUGAAGAAAAAACUGCAGAAGAUUGAAGGAGUUUACACUGUGAAGAUAGAUGCAGACCAAAGUAAAGUAACAGUGACAGGAAAUGUUGAUCCAAACACACUGGUAAAGAAACUAGUGAAAUCAGGAAAACAUGCAGAGAUAUGGGGAGGACAAAAAGGAGGAGGUUCUAAUUUCAAUAUGAUGAACAAUCAGUUCAUGAACAUGCAAAUGGACAAUUUCAAAGGUGGUAAAGACAACAAAUCUCAAAAGGGUGGUGGCGGCGGAAAUAAGGAACAGCCAAAGGGGGGUGGGGGUGCACAACAGUUUCUUCAGAUGAUGCAAAACCUCAAAGGUUCUAAGGAUAAUUUCAAGAUGCCUAAUGCAAAGGACCAAAAAUCUGUUAAGUUCAAUUUGCCUGAGGAUGAGUUCGAUGAUGAGUUCGAUGAUGAUUUUGACGAUGAUGAAGAUGAGUUUGAUUCUGAUUCUGAUGAUGGUUUCGAUGGCCGACCGGUCGGCAAAAUGAUGCCUGCUAUGGGGGGUGGUCAUGGACCCCAAGGGAUUAAUGCAAUGAUGAAUGCAAAUUUAAAGGGUGGGGCUAUGAAUAAUAAUGGUGGAAAUGGCAAGAAAGGUGGUGGUGGUGGGGUUGAAAUCCCUGUACAAAUGAAGGGAAUGGUUGGAAAUCAUCAUGAUGGUAAGAACAAUAAUGGAGGAAAACAGGGUAAGGGAGGGAAUCAGAAUCAAAGUGGUGGUAAAAAUGGUGGCAAAAAUGGAGGUGGUGGGGGUCUACUAGAUGGUAAAAAUGGAGGGGUAAAUGGUAAAGGUAACAAUAAUGGAAGUUUUGGAGGAAAGAAUGGUGGGGGAGGGAAGAUGGAUGGAGGCUUAAUGAUGAAUAGUAUGCAACAAGGACCUCAUGGGAUGAGUAUGGGCCAAAAAGGCGGAGGCCCGAUGAGUAUGGGCCCAAUGGGCCAGAUGGGUAACUAUCCGAUGGGCCAAAUGGGGAAUAUGCCGGCAGCUCAAGGACUACCUGCCCCCGGUGGGGCCGGGUAUUACCCCGGGAUGGGACAGGGCAACCCUUAUAGCCAACAACAACAACAGUACAUGGCACAAAUGAUGAUGAACCAGCAGCAACAACAGCGGCCAGCCGGAUAUGAUAUGUACGGCGCCCAUCCGAUGAUGUACGCCCGGCCGCAUCCAGCCGUGAGUUACGGGCCGCCUAUGGGAGCUCCGGUGCAUGAUAAUUUUACUCAUAUGUUUAGUGAUGAGAAUACAGGCAGUUGUAGUAUCAUGUAAAUUGUUAAGAAGCUUGUGCUGAACUUUGUUUUGGUCUACUUAUGAAAUGAAGAGCGAGUAUGCUUUUGUUUUUAGA